UGUGCCUCAGGCUGGCUGGAGGGUUCUCUGGGUCGGUGGCUGGGCAGCAGCUCCAGGCUCUUGGGGUUUUAGAUUGCUCUUCAGUGGGCUAUGUAUACUGCCCAGCGGUAGUGGGCUGGGUGGGAUCUGCUGGUGAGGGCAGACGUCUGCCUAGCAACACCUCCUAAGCAACUAGAGCUCAGGAAAUCAGAGAGAUCUGGGAAGAAAAAGCCCAGGUGGAGAAAAGGGCUCCAGGGAACCCUGAGAAGCAGGGUGCCAUUGGAGAACCCUCACAUGGUAGCAAGUAAAAAUUGGAAAUGGCUUCUCUAGAACCUAAGAGCCUUGUGCCUUUUACCAGAGAGUCUCUUGAACUUAUUAAACAGCGUAUUGCUAAAAAACACAGUGAGGAGCAUGAAGAAGAUUUAAAACCAAAUACUGACUUGGAAGUUGGAAAGGAGCUUCCAUUUGUUUAUGGAAAUCUUCCUAAAGGAUUGAUAUCAGAGCCCUUGGAAGAUGUGGACCCAUACUACAAGAAUAAAAAGAUUUUCAUGGUAUUAAAUAAAAAGAGAAUGAUCUUCAGAUUCGAUGCCACCUGGUGUACAUUGUCUCCUUUUGGCUCAAUUAGAGGAGCAACUAUUAAGAUUUUCGUCCAUCCUUUUUUCCAACUGUCAAUUUUAAUUAGCGUCCUGAUUGAUUGCAUUUUUAUGCCCAUGACUGAAUUGCCAGAAUGGGGCCCAGCAUUACAGACAACUUUGCUUGGAAUUUACACAUUUGAAAUACUUGUGAAACUCAUUGCAAGAGGCAUCUGGGUAGGAUCUUUCUAUUUCUUUGGUGAUCCAUGGAACUGGCUUGAUUUCAUUGUAACCUUGUUUGAGCUUAUAGGGAGAUACUCACCUCAAAAAUUCCUAUCAGUCUUCAUAAUUGUAAGGAAUUUGAGAAUUCUGAAAAUCAUUCCUUUAAUCCAAGGUCUUAAGUCUUAUGUAAGGAUCCUUACCCAUUGCUUGAGGAAACUUAUUGGAAUCAUUCUUCUCACUCUGUUUUUUCUGAGCAUAUUUACUCUUAUUGGGAAGGAAUUUUUCAUUGGCAAGCUCAAGCAUAAAUGUUUGCGAUGGCCCCAACAAAACCAAACUGAAAUCCCACACAACAAAACUGAGAAUCCGUAUUAUGUUCGAGAAACAGGCAACUUUUAUUAUUUGGAAGGAGAAAGAUCUGCUCUUCUUUGUGGCAAUGAAACAGAUGCUGGUCAAUGCCCUGAAGGAUAUGUGUGUAUGAAAGCUGGUGCAAAUCCUGACUGUGGCUAUACAAAUUUUGACAGUUUCGGCUGGGCCUUACUUUCCCUAUUUCGAUUAAUGACACAGGAUUUCCCUGAAGCACUUUAUCACCAGAUCCUCUAUGCAUCUGGAAAGGUCUACAUGAUAUUUUUUGUUACAAUAAGUUUUUGGUUUGCCUUUUAUUUGGCAAGUUUGUAUUUGGGCAUAAUUGCUAAGGCUUAUGAAGAAGAAAAGCAGACAGCUACUGAAAAAGCUAAGAAGACUUACAAAGAACUUCAAGAAGGAAAUAAAGCAGCAGAGAUUACACAAAUAGAAAUGAAGAAAAGAUCUCCAACUUCUAUGACCACGUCUGUGGAUAUGAUGGAUGAUGACACCAUCAGACAUGAAGAACUUAAAAAAUCCAGAAAGAGAUGCCCAUUGUGUUGGCAUAAAUUCGCUAAAAUGUUCUUGAUCUGGGACUGUUCUCCCUGUUGGUUAAAAUUGAAAGAGUUUACCCAUGUGAUUAUAAUGGAUCCAUUUACUGAUCUUUUUCUCACCAUAUGCAUAAUUGCAAACAUAUAUUUUUUGGCUUUGGAACAUUAUCCAAUGAGUAAAGAAACCAGCAGUGUUCUCAGCAUUGGAAACCUGGUUUUUAUUGGAAUUUUCACAACAGAAAUGAUUUUAAAAAUAAUUGCCAUGCAUCCAUAUGGGUAUUUUCAAGUAGGCUGGAACAUUUUUGAUAGCCUAAUUGUGUUCCAUGGUUUAACUGAAUUUUACCUAGCAAAUGUUCCUGGAUUUGCUGCUUUUCGAAUACUCAGGCUGUUGAGAAUUUUCAAGUUGGGGAAAUACUGGCCAACAUUUAAGAUUCUGAUGCUGACUAUUAGUAAGUCACUGAUGACCCUGAAAGACUUGGUCCUGCUGUUGUUCUUAUUCAUAUUCUUUUCUGCUGUGGUGGGUCAGAAACUACUUGGGUUUUAUUACCAAAAAAAUGUCUGCAACAUAAACAAAGACUGUCUGCUCCCGCGCUGGCACAUGCAUGAUUUCUUCCACUCUUACCUGAUUGUGUUCCGGAUGCUCUGUGGAGAGUGGAUAGAAACUUUGUGGGACUGCUUUAAGGUAGCCGGCCAGUUCAGUUGUAUUCCUUUCUACAUGAUGGUCAUUUUAAUUGGAAACUUUCUGAUAUUUUACCUUUUUCUGGCACUGGUGAGCUCAUUUAGUUCAUACAAAGCUGAAACAAUUGAAGAAAGUGAUGAAUCAAAAAAUCUCCAACGUGCAAUGGCAAGAAUUAAGAAAGGAAUAAAUUGUGUGCUUUCAAAAAUAUUGUGUAAAAAACAAAAUGCUCUAAAGGAGACAAGGGACAAUGAAAAGGACAAACAAGUCAAAGAAAAUAUUUCUGACCAUACACUUUCUGAAUUGAGCAAUACCCAAGAUUUCUUCAAAGAUAAGGAAAAUAGUGGUGGCACAGAGAAAAAUACAAUGACUGAAAAUGAGAGCCUCUCACUAAUGCCCAGUCCCAGUGUCUCUGAAUCUGUACCAAUUGCUUCAGGAGAAUCUGAUAUAGAAAAUCUGGAUAAUAAAGAAAUUCAGAGCAAAUCAGGAGAUGGAAGCAGCAAAGAGAAGGUUAAGCAGUCUAGCUCAUCUGAAUGCAGUACAGUUGAUAUUGUUAUCUCUGAGGAAGAAGAAAUGGUCUAUGAACAUGAAAAGUCAAGGCAUCUUAAGAAAGGUUAUGGACAAAGAUCUUCACUGGGUCAAAUCAGUAGAGAAUCCAAGAAAGGGAAAAUUUGGCAGAACAUAAGGAAAACCUGCUGCAAGAUAGUAGAAAACAGUUUUUUUAAGUGCUUCAUUGGCCUUGUUACUCUGGUUAGUGCAGGUGCUCUGGCUUUUGAAGAUAUAUAUAUUGAUCAGAGAAAGGCUAUUAAAAUCUUAUUAGAAUAUGCUGACAUGAUUUUCACAUACAUCUUCAUUCUGGAAAUGCUUCUGAAGUGGAUGGCAUAUGGUUUUAAAACUUAUUUCAGAAAUGGAUGGUACAGGCUAGACUUCCUGGUUGUUAUUGUUUUUUGUCUUAGCUCAAUAGGCAAGUCUCGGGAUGGACUGAAACUACUUGCUUCCUUUAAAUUCCUUCGGGCACUCAGAGUUCUAUCUCAGUUUGAAAGAAUGAAGGUGGUUGUGAGAGCUUUGAUAAAAACAACUUUACCUGCUGUGAAUGUGUUUCUGGUUUGCCUGAUGAUCUGGCUGACUUUUAGCAUCAUGGGAGUAUACUUAUUUGCUGGCACAUUCUAUAGCUGCAUUGAUACAAAAAGUAGAGAAAAACUUCCUGCAACCCAAGUCAUAAAUAUGAGUGCAUGUGAAAAUCUUGUAGCUAAUGACUCCAUGUCAUGGGAGAACAAAAUAAUGAAUUUUGAUAAUGUUGGAAAUAGUUUCCUUUCAUUGCUUCAAGUAGCAACAUUUAAUGGAUGGAUGGAUAUUAUGUAUGCAGCAGUUGAUUCUGUUGGUGUAACAGAGCAACCUCGUUUUGAACAUCAUAUCUACAUGUAUUAUUACUUUAUCAACUUUAUUAUCAUUGGAUUAUUUCUUCCUCUGAGCAUGCUGACUGGUGCUAUCAUUGCUAAUUUUAACAAGCACAAAGUAAAGCAAGGAAACUCGAAUAUCUUUAUAACAGCACAACAGAAGAAACAAUACCGUGCACUGAAGAGACUCAUGUAUGAGGAUUCUCAAAAACCAAUACCUCGCCCAGGAAACAAGUUCCAAGGAUUGAUCUAUGAUUUGGUAACAAGUCAAGUUUUUAAUAUCAUCGUUAUGAUUUUUAUCUGUUGUCAAGCCAUACCCAUUAUGCUAGAAAGUGACGAACAGAGUCCAAACAUGGACAUUGCUCUCUACUGGAUUAACUUAAUUUUACUUAUACUAUACACUGGAGAAUGUGUAUUGAAGCUCAUUGCUUUCCGUUGUUACUAUUUCACCAUUGGAUGGAAUGUUUUUGAUUUUAUGGUGGUCAUUUUCUCUAUUACAGGAAUAUUUCUGCCAAUGAUGGUAGGAUCCUACCUUGUACCUCCUUUCCUUAUGCAAGUGAUACGUCUCUUAAGGAUCAUCCACAUCCUGCGUCCUGGGAAAGGACCAAAGAUGUUCCACGACCUGAUGCUCCCUUUGAUGCUGUCCCUCCCAGCAUUGUUGAAUAUCAGCCUUCUCAUCUUUCUGAUCAUGUUUGUCUAUGCCAUCUGCGGAAUGUACAACUUUGCUUAUGUUAAAAAGGAAGCCGGAAUUAACGAUGUGUCCAACUUUGAAACCUUUGGCAGUAGUUUACUCUGUCUUUUCCAAGUUACAAUAUUUGCUGGUUGGGAUGGGAUGCUCUUUGCUAUUUUCAACAGUAAAUGGUCUGGCUGUGAUCCUGAUAAAAUUAACCCUGGGACUCAGGUUCAAGGAGAUUGUGGUAACCCCUUAGUUGGAAUUAUUUAUUUUGUCAGUUACAUCCUUAUAUCAUGGAUGAUCAUUGUAAAUAUGUACAUCAUUGUUGUCCUCGAGUUUUUAAAUAUUGCUUCUAAAAAAAGAGCCAAGACACUGAGUGAAGAUGAUUUUAGGAAGUUCUUUCAGGUAUGGAAGAGGUUUGAUCCUGAUAAGACCCAGUACAUAGAUUCUAGCAAGCUUUCAGAUUUUGCAGCUGCUCUUGAUCCUCCUCUUUUCAUGGCAAAACCAAACAAGGGCCAGCUCCUUGCCAUGGAUCUUCCUAUGGCUGUUGGAGACAGGAUUCACUGCCUUGAUAUAUUACUUGCUUUUACAAAGCGAGUUAUGGGUAAAGAUGGGAGGAUGGAGAAAGUUCUUUCAGAGAUAGAAUCUGGGUUUGUGUUAGCCAACCCUUUUAAGAUCACAUAUGAGCCAAUUACAACCACAUUGAAGCGAAAACAAGAGGCAGUCUCAGCCACCAUCAUUCAGCGUGCUUAUAAAAACUAUCGCUUAAGGCAGAAUGACAGAAACACAUCAGAGAUUCAAACACUUGAUAGUGACAGGGAAGUUCAAGCUACCAAAGAAGGUGCCUAUUUUCACAAAGUUGAGGGAAAUGCAGCUACUCAAAGUAAGUUCUAAUACACCUACCACAUCUUCACAUAUCCCAAACUGCCGAAAUUUUAAAUGAGAUAUAAAAGCAAAGAUCAGAGAAAAUAAGAUCUCACUUAAUUGUUUAUAACCUAUGGAAGUUUAUAAGAUUUCAUGCAAAUUUACUUUUUACCCCAGCUAUUCAAUCUAACCAGGACAAAUUUAGUCCAACCAAAACAAAUCCUUAAUAACCCUGCACCGAGUCACAAUGGGUUAAAAUUGCCCAUUGAUAAUCCAGUGUUUUUCUCUCUGUGGCUUAUAUAGAGUUUGCCUCCUCUUGAGAAUGGGGAGAUGCUGAUAGAACUGUAACAAAAGGGUCUUCCUUACAUAUUUUCUAUGGCCUUUAACUUGAAGGACUCAGUCUCACUAAUAGGAUGUAGUUACAAGUAAACAAGUAGCUUGUUAAUGUGAUAUGAUAUUAAAAAAAAAAAAGUGUUGGUGUUGUGCUACAGACCAUUCAAUCCUAAACUUGCCAAGGCAGAUGCCAAUUAGGGGAAGUGAAGGGAACUUCUUAAAAAGGCCUUUCGGAUCAGUCCCAGAGAUUCUUGGGCUGAUUCAAAUCAGGUUAGGAAAAGAUAGGAACCCUAUUUCUGUUUUUUGUUUUGUUUGGGGGUAGGGAGAACUUGGUACUGGAAAUUAAUGCUGAUUGCAUUCCUAGUUCCUCUUCUCUUUGACUCGCUUCACAAAAGCUCCAGCUCUUCCCUGGGAUGGAUGCCUAAGACAAGAAGCAUUAAGAGAACUAUCGCUAUGGCUACAUUUUCUCACUUAAGUGUUAAAAAAAAAUUACAUUUACUAAAAUGAUAUUAUAAUACAAAGUGCUUAACUCAAGUUUUACCUUGUUAUAAAAGGUAUCCAUAAUUUAACAUUGAGUUAAAUAUAGUAUGUCAUAGUAUGAAUUAGAAGAGUCAAGAAAUACCAUAAUCUUUAGGGUUUUCCAGUGUCUUGAUCCUUAUUUGGGAAUCUGUGCACUUUAAACUGAUUUUCACUGUACUUUAUGGUCUUAUAUAGUUUAGAGAAAAAAAAAAUUGUCACUCAAAUUGUGAGGGCUGUGAACUAAGAAACGAAAGUGCAUGUUUGGUGGUGGUAUUUUAUAAGGUUAACAUGUUACUUUUUCACUUCACAUUCAUUUUUUUCAAGAAUUUUUUGUUUUUAUAUCUUAAAAACUUACUUUGUAAAUUGUUAUAUGCUUGAAAAACUUUAAAAUACUAAACAUUAGCUGUCACUAUUGAAAUUAUUUUUAAAAGAUACAUACAAAUUGUUUUUUUAAUUAUUCAUAAAAAUUCAAUCCCCUAUAUUCUUAUAGUUUGAAAUUCUGAUAUUUAUUCCAUUUGUAUGGAGAUUGAUUUCAAUGUGCCUACAGAGUCUUAAAGGAUUCAAUAAGGAAAAUAUCUACAUUGUGUACUUCAUUGACAAGCUUUUAAUAUGUUACAUAGCUUUCAAUAUCACUUAAAUAUCAGCAAUUGUAUUUUAUUAUGAACGCAUGAUAUUAAGCCUUAAUAUUAUAAUCUAACAAUUUCUGCUUCACAGAAAUUUAUUAACCCAACCAAGAUGCCUUUGGGGGAUCCCCUAAGCAAAUGUAAUUUCAGGGCUCUGUUUCUUUCUCUAAAUGUCCCUUCCCCUUCUCUUCCCGUCCUCCAUUAUAUGAUGGGACAGAUGGAGGAAGCAGUGUUAACUUGGUGACAUGGGGACAGCUGGUGCUUUAUCUUAGCUUCUCAGUUUUCUAUACUUUAACGUGGAGACUGCUUAUGAUGCUUAAAGUGAAUAAUGACUUGCAUUUAUAGAUUCUAUAAAAUCUGUGUGCUUACCUUAGUUUAAAAUUACAGCUUUCAUUUGUAAACCGUUUGCCAUUAUCCUUCCAAAAACUGUAAAAAAUAAA